AUGUCGCAGCCCAAGAAGUACAAGUCCUGUGCUAGCUGCCGAAAAAGCAAACUCAAGUGCGAAUAUGAUCAGACAAAGCCCAUGCCUGUUAUUUGCGACAAGUGUGAGCUGAGAGGAGUUGAAUGUGUUUUUGACGAGAAGUUUGACGAGAAAAAGGCCAUCACCGCAAUAGACGAGAGACUAGACAAGAUUGAGAGCUCUAUAGGGCUCAUGGUCUCAUUGAUAAGACAGCAUUCGUUGGAAAGUCAUGAGAGCAGCAGCUCUUCGCCUAAUGUUUUUCCCUCGCCGACAAAUUCGUCCACGAUUACAAGCAAAUCUGAGGAUUCUCCGAUGACCAACGUGCAUGGCCAGGAUGUGUUGAACAUGAGGCGAGGGAUUUCAUUCCUUCCGUCCAUCAAGUAUAUCUUGAACUCGCGAGACGUGGAUAUAGAUCCCAAAACGAGAAAUUUUGACUCUGCAUUCCCGGGAACGGCUACCGGGAUGUUGAGUGAGAUAGUGCCAAAUCUACCAGAUUCAGAGGCCGCUAAGAGGCAGAAAAGACGCAAACUACAGUCUCAGGUAGGAAUACUCCCUGGUCAAGUGACUCAGGGUGAGAUUGAACAAUUGUUGAAUUUCUUCACUGUGAGAUUGGCAAGAUAUUUGCCUGUGCUUAUAUUCCACCAGAUACCUAAGCUGGAUAUCUCACUGCAGCAUACCUCGCCUCUGCUGUUUUCGUCGAUUUUGGCUGUUGCGUCCUUGUACGAUAGCACGAUGAUCAACAAACACGGACUGUUUCUGUCGCAAUUUGAAACGAUAGUGAGAGAGAUCGACCCCAAUAGCAUCCAACCAAACGCAGACCCAGCCUUUAUAUACCAAGUGUUGAAAGACUGUCUUGGUCUUAUCAUCGCAGGUGCUUGGCUGGGUACGGAAUUCGGCUUCAGAAUGAGUCUCAUGGCAAGCGAUAUGAUUGGCAGGCUACUGCCUGAUUCAGAGAUUGAUUUCAAUCUCCCCCCUGAGCUAAGACCACUUUUCUGUUCUUUGGGCAUAGGUACCUAUAUCAUUGAGCAGAGGCUGCGAAUCAUCCACGAUCGCCCGGUUCCAUACAUGUACAAAGGUGCUGAUUACAGGACCAAGAGAGACCUUUAUCUGCCCAUGUUCCUGAGUGAGACCAUUCCCAGGAAGGAUUUUGUUGCCACAAAACUCGACCCAACUCAGCUAAAGGCAACCGCAAACGUCGAGCUCUGUUCGGUAAUGAUGAUGUACCAGCAAGAGAUGAACCAAUCAGGCCGGCUUCCAUUUAAUGAACUGAUGUCCUGGAAUGCCCAUCUCAAUGGCUGGCUUGCAGAAUGGAUUGGAAAGCUGACUGCCCAUGUCAAACUCUCUUCCUGGAAACCAGUGAUUCUUUCUUUCCACUUUGCGAAACUUUUCUUGAACGUGAGGGUUUUGGAACAUCAUGAGCCUAUCCCUCAAAAGGAAGUCAUCCAGGUGUUUGGUCUGGCCAAGAACUCGGCCAUGGAUAUUCUGGAAAUGCUCUACGAUGAUGACAUCAGAAGACUAGUGAGUGUCAGUCCUGUGUUUUAUCCGACAAUCUUUGUCACAGCGGGAGCGUUUCUGCUCAAGCUCUUGCACGUUUCUGCAUCUUUGGGUUACCAGCUGGACAAAACAUACACCAUCAGGGUGAUACGUGACACCUACAAAACUUUGAGUGAGAAAAUCAGCUUUGAAGAAUCGCCGUGUUUCAGCACCAUUGAUAAGCUCGGUGAAUGUCUACGCAAAGUCGAGCUUGAAAUUUCUAAUCCUUCGGCAGCAAUACCCGCAAUCAAACAGGAAAUCCUCACGAGAGACACUUAUUCUGCCAUUCCUUCAUACGCGUUACCACCUCGUGGAAACAGCGUAAAUGGUUUUGCCUUUCAGCAAUCACCUCAGCCCAAUGGAGCCCCAAUGCAUCAACAGCAGGUACAGCCGAUGAUGGCCACCUCCAGCUCCAAUGUGUCCUCACCACAGCCUCAACAGGAUUCAGAGAAGAAGGUCAUCGCAAACUCGAUGUCGCCUACUUCAAAGACUGAAGCUCAACAACUGCCAAUCCAGGGUCAACAGCAUCAGCCACUGCAACAACCUCCGCUGCAGCACCCAUUGCAAGCACAGGCGCAAAAUAACGACUUCGACAUUUGGAAGUUCGACAUGAACGAUCCCUAUUUCAUGACCGAUGCGCACAGCAACAUACUUUUCCAGUCUGUUUUUAACUCUAAAUAG